GACCGCUGACGUUUCUUGGUUAACAAUGAUCCACCAUUGACGUUAUCUCACUCGCUGCCAUCGCUUGCUUGCUUUCGCUGCUGCUCUGUGAAGCAAAUCCAAAAAAGUUGAGAUGAAUUUGGCUAUCAACCAUUGCGGCAGCUAUGGAAUUAAUUCUUUCACAAUUUCAAGCUGCAAGGGUGGCCAGAAAAGUAGUCACGGUAAAUAUAUGGUACCCAUCAGAAUGCUAAAGGGGCCUUCUACUUCUACACCUCAGGAUCUUAGCCAAGAUUUGGUAUCAUUGGCCAAGAGUGAUACAAGCAGCAGCUUUCCAUUUAAGACAGUUGUAAAUUCCAUGGCAGUGGCAAAUUUGGUCUUCGCAGACAUGGCAAAGGCUGUAAGCACGGGAAAUAUUUUGGAAGGUGCUGUUUCAGUUUAUACCUUGGCUGAUGGUGGCCCCGGAGAAUGGUUUGGAGGUUUCCUAUUUUCUGCUGGACAAGAAGCUAAUGAGGCUGUUCAAGACCAGUUAUCUGCCCUCAGUUUCUCUAGUUUGGCAGUUAUUUUUGGGGCUGGGCUUGUGACCAGCCUUUCUCCUUGUACUCUUAGCGUUCUACCACUGACACUAGGUUACAUAGGAGCAUUUGGCUCAGGGAAAAGCAAGGCAGAGGUUGUUGGGAAUUCAAUUGCAUUCUCAUUAGGAUUGGCAACUACACUUGCACUCUUAGGCAUAGGAGCCUCAUUUGCUGGAAAGGCAUAUGGACAGACUGGGCAGGGGUUACCUUUGGCUGCUUCAGGUUUAGCUAUUGUUAUGGGCUUGAAUCUCCUCGAGGUAAUUGAACUACAGCUCCCCUCAUUUUUUAACAAUUUUGAUCCCCGGGCUGCUGCUGCUAAUUUCCCAUCAAGUGUGCAAGCAUAUCUAGCUGGGCUUACAUUUGCUUUAGCUGCCUCACCAUGCAGUACGCCAGUGUUGGCCACUCUGCUAGGAUAUGUAGCUACAUCGAAGAAUCCAGUUAUAGGAGGCAGCUUACUUUUGACGUACACAACUGGUUAUGUUGCUCCUCUACUCCUUGCUGCUUCUUUUGCUGGAGCAUUGCAGAGCCUACUUUCAUUUCGCAAAUUUUCGGCAUGGAUCAACCCGAUCAGUGGUGCACUUCUGUUAGGAGGGGGUGUGUAUACUUUCUUGGAUAGGCUUUUCCCAGUUACAAUGGCAAUGUAGGCAAUUGCUUAAUGACAUAAAAUCGAACCACGUACAGAAUGUAAUAGAUCUAAAUUAAUAUCAUAGUAUGUAUUUAAUGUGUUCUCUAUAUAACGCAAUGCUUUCUCAAAUUGUAUUAGUUAUGUGUUAAAUCUGAAGAACUAAAGUACAAAAGUUGUCGAGGGUGAAUAUGUGAAA